AGAUAAAGGCGGUCAACACAAAAAACUGACGCAGAAUGACCACCGAGAAUGGUGAAAUUCGCCGUCCAACUAUUGCUGAUCGUGAGGAUGAAUAUCGUUCGCGUCGCCGAUUGCUGAUGAUUUCUCCAGCCAGAGUAGACCCGUUCGCUGACGGUAUGUCUACAAGCAACGUUUUUAUUGUUUAUCAGCAUUUAUCUUUAAGUUAUUACCCUAUCUAAGAACGAAUUUUUCUUUUUUGUAUAGCGAUGUGGUGUCCAGCGGGGCUUAUUUUUUGUAUAAGGUUAGGGCGUUUGGUAAGUGCAUAUGAUUAGGUGAUCGUUUAGUUCUUAUACAUUCUACGCACUCCAAACUCUUUUACAGCGAUUUCGCAUCAUUCAACCUUGAAGCAAUCUCUUGGUUCGAAAACGAUGGCCCCGGAUAAACUCAUCACGUGCGUCAUUUUUUUAUAUGAUGUUAAUUUAUGUAUAUGGUUCUCUAAUGCCUAAUUUGUCUUUGCUUCUUUCUAUUUAUAUUUAUUUCUGCGCACCACUGACAAAUAAUUUGAUGAAUUGGCGUUUGUAGGCGAUCAAACACCGGAUCACCGUCUAUCAACGUACAAAGAUAUUAUGCUCAACCAGCAACUCACCAAGGAACAACGGGCAUUACAGGCAGAGAUAGCCGAAAGAGGCAAAACUGGGACGCUGCGAAUGGACUCAGAAGUUCCCACAAAAAGACGAAGAUGGGAUCAGCCUACCACAGAUGUCAACGGGGUAAAGAAUGACGCUUCAACUCCUGCUGCUACUCCAUCAACUCCUUCGAAGCGUUGGGGGGAUGACGCACUCACUCCUUCACGUCCACCCUCUGCACCAACAGGAGCCUCAACCCCUGGAAGCCGAUCACAGUGGGAUGAUACUCCCGGGAGAGCGAAAGACCCUGGUGCAACCCCUGGGCAAAGCGUUAGGCAAUGGUCAGAAACUCCCCACUUCGCAGCUACUCCAGGGCGAGAAACAGGAAGUUCUGCAUUUGGUGGGACACCAAGUGCUAGACGUAACCGUUGGGAUGAAACUCCCCACACUGAAAGGUAUGGCGCCGAUACACCGGGUCAUGGUGCUGGAUGGGCAGAAACCCCCAGAGCUGAUCGAACUCCUGGCGGUGUAGAGUCAAUUCAAGACACACCAUCUUCAAUGAUUUAUGGACCGGGUUCCACUCCAUCAAGCAUUGCUGCUGCGGCCGCACUUGCCGUUAAGCGUAGAUCUAGAUGGGACGAAACUCCACUAAAAGCAGGAUCAACUCCAGGUGGCUUAACACCAUCUCAGACUCCAGGCAGCUUCACACCUUCAAGUGCUAUGGGGGGGAUUACGCCAGGAGCAACUCCUGGAGGCUUUAAUGCAGCCAGCGCUUUCACUCCUUCUGGAACUACUCCAACAGGUUUACGGGCUAUGGCUAUGGCCACACCGAAUUUCGGGUCUGCUGCAAUAACAAUACCAGGAGCAGGAAUCCCAAUGACUCCCGAACAGCUACAAGUAUAUGCUUGGCAGAAGGAAAUCGAUGAUCGAAACAGGCCGCUAACUGACGAGGACUUAGAUGAGUUGUUGCCUCCAGGUUAUAAAAUUAUGCCACCGCCCGCCGGUUACGUCCCAAUAAGGACUCCUGCUCAUCGAUUGGUAGCAACACCUACUCCAAUGAUUGGAGGGACUCCAAUGGGCUUUAGAAUCGGCACACCUGAUAUUGGGACAACAGCUGGGUUUGGUAUGAAUGCGACCGGAGGUAAUGCUGCUGCUCUUGGUGACAUGCAACCCAAAGGAGCAAAUUUACCCAUGAUGAGACCUGAUGACCUACAAUAUUUUGAUAAACUGCUACAAGAUGUCGAUGAGGACACUCUUCCGCCUGAGGAGGCACGUGAAAGAAAAAUAAUGACAUUUUUGCUCAAGAUUAAAAAUGGCACUCCUCCAAUGCGUAAAUCAGCCCUAAGGCAAAUCACAGAGAAAGCAAGAGAAUUCGGUGCAGGACCUUUGUUUAAACAAAUACUACCCCUUCUGAUGUCUCCUACAUUAGAAGAUCAAGAACGCCAUUUGUUAGUGAAGGUCAUCGAUCGUAUUUUGUAUAAACUGGAUGAUCUCGUCCGUCCGUUCGUUCACAAAAUUUUGGUUGUUAUUGAACCCCUACUUAUUGAUGAAGAUUAUUAUGCUCGUGUCGAGGGACGAGAAAUAAUAUCUAAUCUCGCGAAAGCUGCCGGACUUGCUACCAUGAUUUCUACUAUGCGUCCCGACAUUGAUAAUAUGGACGAAUAUGUGCGUAAUACAACUGCAAGAGCGUUUGCUGUCGUUGCAUCAGCCCUAGGAAUCCCUAGUUUGUUGCCAUUUUUAAAAGCCGUUUGCAAAUCUAAAAAAUCUUGGCAAGCUAGACAUACUGGCAUCAAGAUUGUCCAACAAAUAUCCAUCCUUAUGGGUUGUGCAAUUCUACCGCAUUUGCGGUCUUUAGUGGAAAUUAUUGAACAUGGGUUAGUUGAUGAACAACAAAAAGUUCGCACCAUUACAGCAUUGGCCUUGGCUGCUCUUGCUGAAGCAGCCACUCCUUAUGGCAUAGAAUCGUUUGACUCCGUUUUGGAACCUUUGUGGCGUGGUAUAAGAACUCAUCGAGGCAAAGGUUUAGCUGCUUUUCUCAAGGCUAUUGGCUACCUCAUCCCCCUAAUGGAUGCAGAGUAUGCCAAUUAUUAUACCCGUGAAGUUAUGUUAAUCUUGAUCCGUGAGUUUCAGUCUCCUGAUGAAGAAAUGAAAAAAAUCGUUCUUAAAGUAGUCAAACAGUGCUGUGCAACGGACGGUGUUGAACCUGAUUAUAUCAAGUCAGAAAUUCUACCACCGUUUUUCCGUAGCUUUUGGACACAACGUAUGGCUCUAGAUCGGCGCAAUUACAGACAGCUGGUUGAUACAACUGUGGAAAUAGCAAAUAAAGUCGGUGCAGCUGAUAUCAUCUCUAGAAUUGUAGAUGACCUCAAAGAUGAGUCCGAACCUUAUCGUAAAAUGGUGAUGGAGACUAUCGAAAAAGUUAUGUCUGCACUAGGAAGCACAGAAGUUGAUGCUCGACUUGAAGAACAAUUAAUCGAUGGUAUAUUGUAUGCUUUCCAGGAACAAAGUACCGAAGACGCUGUCAUGUUGAUCGGCUUUGGAACUAUUGUACAAUCACUUGGUAAACGUGUCAAACCGUACUUGCCCCAAAUUUGUGGUACAAUCCUAUGGCGUCUUAAUAACAAAUCGGCUAAAGUUCGUCAGCAGGCGGCCGACCUUAUUAGUCGUAUUGCUGGUGUAAUGAAAGUGUGCCAAGAAGAAAAACUAAUGGGUCAUUUGGGUGUAGUUUUAUAUGAAUACCUUGGUGAAGAAUAUCCGGAAGUACUUGGAAGUAUUUUGGGUGCCCUUAAGGCUAUUGUAAAUGUAAUUGGUAUGACCAAAAUGACUCCUCCAAUUAAAGAACUUCUGCCGAGAUUGACACCAAUAUUGAAAAACAGGUUAGUUUUAAAUGUUAUUGUUCAUCAUCGCUAAACGGUACACAACAUGGUCGUUUUCAGUCAGCUUACCACCGACUUAUAUUUUGAUCAUUAGUUUUACUGAUGUUUUUUCGAUAUCUAAAGAUUGCAUCUUUAAACUUCUUUUCCAUGCAUACAAUUAAAAUAAUGAAUGGUACUAUUUAAACUUUUACCAAUUUGGCUCACUUUUUUAUGUCAUAAAACAUCAGAAAUGCAGUUGUCUUCUUAUAAACAGUCGAACCGCCCUACGCUGAAUAAGUUUGAUAUUAUCUAGUUAGACCUUGGUAAUGAUACUCGUCUUGUUUUCUAGGCACGAAAAAGUCGAAGAGAACUGUAUCGAUCUUGUUGGACGAAUAGCAGACCGUGGAUCAGAGUAUGUCUCUUCUAGAGAAUGGAUGCGUAUCUGCUUUGAACUCUUGGAAUUACUAAAAGCGCAUAAAAAAUCAAUUCGACGAGCGACUGUUAACACUUUUGGUUAUAUUGCCAAAGCAAUCGGUCCACAUGAUGUUUUGGCGACUCUCUUAAAUAAUUUAAAGGUGAGUUUUUUAGAGUUUGUUUAUCGAAACCAGUUACUUACAGUUUAUUCUCUGUUAUCUUCCUCACUUUCAUUCGUUUUCCCCAUUUUCAUAUUAAUUUUUCUUUUCAGGUUCAAGAGCGUCAAAAUCGUGUUUGCACAACUGUUGCCAUUGCUAUCGUUGCAGAGACAUGUAGUCCAUUUACUGUUUUACCUGGUCUUAUGAAUGAAUAUAGGGUCCCUGAACUAAAUGUUCAAAAUGGUGUUUUAAAAUCUCUGGCUUUCAUGUUCGAGUAUAUUGGUGAAAUGAGCAAAGACUACAUAUAUGCCGUAACUCCUCUGUUAGAAGAUGCACUAAUGGACCGGUAACUUAAAAAUUCUUUAAUAUACUCUCUUUGUAUGCUGUUUGCUGACCUAAUGUAUUUUUCUUUUUAGUGAUCUUGUGCACAGGCAAACUGCGAUGACUGCAGUCGCUCAUAUGGCUCUUGGUGUAUAUGGGUUCGGCUGUGAAGACGCUCUUUUGCAUCUCCUGAACGUCGUUUGGCCUAAUGUCUUGGAAACUUCACCACAUGUCAUUCAGGCUUUCAUGUUUUGCAUUGAAGGUCUCCGUGUUGCACUUGGUCCUAACAAAGUACUUCAGUAUUGUCUUCAAGUAAGUUUUCCAUAAAUAUGAGAUAUAUUUGCAUUUAUUGGCGAAAGGUUUUUUAAAGACUCCUAUUAAUUCCGUUUUCUGCGCUCUUUAUUGGGUUUUCCUGUUGGUAUUGGGAAAAAUUGGUCUUUAAAUAUUAUUAUACACUUACGCUUACCAAGAAAGAAAUAAACAUUUUCAUUAGUGUCCUGAAUAUUUUUGUCCUAUUGCUUCCAAAUGAGGCUAUAUUUUCCUUCAAACAAGAACUACGUGGCGUCCCUGUUGGAUUUUAUAAGAAUUUAUCACAACUGUUCAGGACAAUCGUACAUAAGUCACAACAAAUGUGAUGCUUUCACCGAAUUUACGAAAAUAAUAAACGGUUCCUAGAAUAGAUUUUCUCCAACUUUAAAGCUUUUUUAUCAGCUUAGUUGAAUGAAUAGUAAAAACUUCCGAUCCCCACAUAUCACAAGUUAUUCUUCUUUUUGAAAAGUAUAUUGUUUAUAUUUCACUGGAUAGUUUACAUAUUUUUGUUUUUCAUUCCUCUUAGGGCUUAUUCCAUCCUGCUAGGAAAGUGAGAGAUAUGAUGUGGAAAGUGUACAAUACUAUUUACAUUGGUAAUCAAGAUGGCUUAGUUUAUGGUUUCCCACGUAUUCCUGACGAACAAGAUCACACUUAUAUCAGACAUGAAUUGUCUUAUAUUUUGUGAAAAUGUAUUUGUCAGUAUUUUCAAUCCUAUUUACUUCUUAUUUUCGUUCCCAAACCUUUAUGUUUUGUUACUAUUGAAUUAUUGUCCUUCAAAUAAGUUCCUGAUACCAGGAACUCCUGAGGUUUUACACAUUAUCGUGGUCUUGUAUUUAAACUAACUUUUCGGAUUAAUAAAUCAGUUUAAUUGAUU